GAAGUUAGCAUGGUCACAUGUUCGGCGGCACCAACAUGCCAAUAUGAACUCAACGUCAGUUGCUUACCGCGCGUCUCUCGCGCCAAACGUGUUACUGUGCGAGGCUGCGAUACGAAACACGAUCACUGAAACAAGCGGGGCACAAUAGACCACCAAUAUGGGGGCCAUGUUCCGCAGCGAAGAGAUGGCCUUGUGCCAGCUCUUCAUCCAGCCUGAGGCGGCUUACACGUCCGUCUCCGAGCUGGGAGAGGCAGGCAGCGUACAGUUCAGAGAUCUGAACCCAGACGUGAACGCCUUCCAACGUAAAUUCGUGAACGAGGUCCGUCGUUGCGAUGAGAUGGAACGCAAGCUGCGAUACAUUGAGGCUGAAGUGCAUAAGGAUGGUGUGCACAUCCCGGCCGUUAAAGAGGCGCCCCGAGCCCCUAACCCGAGGGAGAUCAUCGAUCUUGAGGCCCAUUUGGAGAAGACGGAGAAUGAAAUCCUGGAACUGUCCCACAACGCGGUGAACUUAAAACAGAACUACUUGGAACUGACCGAGUUGAGACAUGUGCUGGAGAAGACUGAGGCCUUCUUCAUCGCUCAGGAGGAGAUCGGCAUGGACUCCAUGACCAAAUCCCUGAUAUCAGACGAGACAGGUACGCAAGCAGCGACGCGUGGUCGCCUCGGCUUUGUGGCCGGCGUGGUGCAGCGUGAGAGAGUGCCCGCUUUCGAGAGGAUGUUAUGGCGUAUCUCGAGAGGAAAUGUGUUCUUGAGGCGCGCUGAGCUUGAUAAGCCUUUGGAAGACCCUGCCACUGGCAACGAAAUCUACAAGACAGUGUUCGUAGCAUUCUUCCAAGGAGAGCAGCUGAAAUCCCGCAUCAAGAAGGUUUGCUCCGGCUUCCACGCGUCCCUCUACCCGUGCCCACCUUCCAACACGGAGCGACAGGACAUGGUCAAAGGAGUCCGGACCAGGCUUGAAGAUCUUAAUAUGGUUCUAAACCAAACCAGCGACCACAGACAGCGCGUGCUCGCAAGCGUGGCCAAGGAACUGGCCAGCUGGACCAUCAUGGUGCGCAAAAUGAAGGCCAUAUACCAUACCCUGAAUCUGUUCAAUAUGGACGUCACCAAGAAAUGCCUGAUCGGAGAGUGCUGGGUGCCUACAGCUGAUCUGCCGAACGUACAGAAGGCUUUGGCUGAUGGUUCUAACGCAUGCGGCAGUUCGAUCCCAUCAUUCCUGAAUUGCAUCGAGACGGACGAGGAGCCGCCCACGUUCAACCGCACCAACCGCUUCACGCGCGGCUUCCAGAACUUGAUCGAUGCCUACGGAGUCGCCUCCUACAGGGAAUGUAACCCUGCUUUGUACACCAUCAUCACGUUCCCGUUCUUAUUCGCGGUGAUGUUCGGCGACUUGGGCCACGGUGCCAUCAUGGCCCUGUUCGGCGCCUGGAUGGUCGCCAAGGAAGUCUCCCUCGCAUCCAAAAAGUCCAACAACGAAAUCUGGAACAUCUUCUUCGCUGGUCGCUACAUCAUUCUUCUCAUGGGCUGCUUCUCAAUGUACACUGGACUGGUCUAUAACGAUAUCUUCUCCAAAUCUAUGAACAUCUUCGGAUCCUCGUGGAGUAUUCCUUACGAUAAUGAGACCAUGGAAGCGAAUGCGGCUAUGACUUUGGACCCGAAAGAUUCGUACAGCAACAUCCCGUACUUUAUUGGUGUUGAUCCUGUUUGGCAGACUGCUGACAACAAGAUCAUCUUCUUGAACUCGUACAAAAUGAAGCUGUCCAUCAUUUUCGGUGUAUUGCACAUGAUCUUCGGUGUCUGCAUGAGUGUGGUUAACUACAACUUCUUCCAACGUCGCUACUCCAUCGUGCUGGAGUUCUUGCCGCAAGUGAUCUUCCUGUGUCUGCUCUUCUUAUACAUGGUGUUCAUGAUGUUCUACAAGUGGAUUGCCUACAGCACUUUCUCUGAUGACAUCGCAUACUCGCAAGGCUGUGCCCCAUCAGUGCUGAUCUUGUUCAUCAACAUGAUGCUAUUCUCCAGCACGGAGCCGGCUGACGGCUGCAAGGAGUACAUGUUCGACUCCCAGGGGUCCAUUCAACGUGUGUUUGUGCUCAUUGCACUGUGCUGUAUCCCCGUCAUGUUGUUGGGCAAGCCCUUGUAUCUGUUGUGUGCGGGGAAGAAGAAGAAGGAUGCUAAGCCGGAACACUCAAACGGCAGCGUAAACCCCGGCAUCGAGAUGCAGGAGCAGACCGACAUCAGCGACGCUCCGAAGGCCGAGGCGAAGGCGUCACACGACCACGACGACGAGCCCUUCAGCGAGAUCAUGAUCCACCAAGCGAUCCACACUAUUGAGUAUGUGCUCAGUACCAUCUCCCAUACUGCGUCCUAUCUCCGACUGUGGGCGCUGUCACUUGCUCAUGCAGAGUUGUCAGAAGUGCUGUGGAACAUGGUUCUGACGUUCGGUCUGAAGGACCACGACUACAUUGGCGCCAUCAAGCUGUACGUGGCGUUCUGCUUCUGGGCGCUAUUCACGCUGGCUAUCCUCGUCAUGAUGGAGGGCCUCUCCGCCUUCUUGCAUACCUUGCGUUUGCACUGGGUGGAGUUCAUGAGCAAGUUCUACUCUGGUCUGGGAUACGUGUUCCAGCCAUUCUGCUUCAAGACCAUCCUCGAACAGGAAGAAAACAAGGAUGACUAAACAAUUAGAAUAACAAACGUAGUGUAGAUACAAACAGUAUUUUUGAUUAAUGUUUCAAUAUUAUUGCAAAUGUCACAACUGUCGAGUGAAUUGAAUUGAAAUAAAACAUAUUUAUGCAUGA